AUGCCAUCGUCUGCCGGGCGUGUGAGGUGGCGGUCCCCGGCCGCCUGGCGCAGCGACAUCUCCGGGAAAUCCACCAGCUGCGGGUGGCCCGGGACCGUCGUCUGCAGCGAGCCGAUCCCCCAGCUCCCCAUCCACCGCGUCUGGUGCUGCAGCACCUGCGGGACCUACCUCAGCAGCAGCGCCCGGCGGGUCCGGGAGCACCACCACCAGCACCAUCCCACGAUCGGCCGGGACCCCCCGUGGCAGGUCGACGCCCAACGCUGGUUCGCGAACAGCCGCUACUGUCAGUACUGGAUCGUGGGCGUCCCCAGCGCGCAGCCGCAGGACCCGCCGCCUGUGCAGCCCACCUCCGCAACCACCACCCCGUCCCUUCCCCGGAUGACGCAGCCCACCCUGGCCCUGACCGAGCCGUCCAUCCUACGACACGCCAAUGAAGCGCCGGAGAGCGGCAACGGCUGA